AUGUUGAAUGAAGAUUUCGUGCAAACUCAAAAGAACAACAGUCAAGAGUCUUCGCCUGAUCCAGUUCGAAUGCAGCAGCAUGCAGAGCAGAAUACAAAGAGCAGCAAUAACAAAACUACAAAUCUGGACAACAAUAAAUUCAACUACCCAAACUCGCCACAGCCAUCAACAUCUCAAAUAAAUCAUAAUUCAUCAUACCAUGCUACCAUCACACACCCCACCAAGAGACGUACCACAAGAAGAGUACAAGCGUCAGUUUCUUCCUUGUCUUGUCCUCCUCCUCAAAAUAGACUGGCCUUUAUCAAUGCUGUGAGAAUGGCCUGGUCUCUCCAGAUCAAGAAACGAAAAAGGUCAUGUAACAUUAUCCAGAAGCAUACUACCAAGAAAUCACGCCAACAUCAAUAUCAACACCAGCAUCAUCAGCAUCCACCACCGCCAACACCCACCUCCAUGAAUAGUAGCGAUAUCAGCAUUGUAAAGAAUAAGCUGGAUUUCCCUCCAAUCACCGCUGAGGCAUUGACCGAAUUGUCAGUUUCACAAUUAUUCAAGAGCCUUCAAAUUCGACAUGAUCUCUUGAUCGACCCUCAUUUAACGUUUCGGCCCAACAUGACUCUGGAAAAGAGCCAAGAAUCUGAAAUCUACUGGCGUCGUUUAGACUACCUGAUCAAAUAUUGCGCCACCACAACGCCAGCAGAGGAGUCUGACGAUCACUAUCAACUCAUCUUCCUCGUUCGAAAUUUAUUGACCGAGCUAUCGCUUAUUUUAACUUCAUUGAUCUCGCCAUUUCCCAGCCACCCCAUUACGUCCUUUGUGUGGAAUUGGCCUCAGCACAUUUCAGAAAGUGCCAUCUUGGCUGUCUUGGAUCCAGAUUUGGUGCAUCAACAGCUGAUACAAGGGUGUCUCAAUGUGGAUUUCAAGUUUAACUUUUUGCAUUCGAUCCUCAGUCCACUGUGUCCUGAUCAGGCCGAGCGUAUACAGCGAUUGGUGGACGACCAAGAGUAUGCAAGAGCGUUGGAACUGUGUUUUUUGACACUGGAAACCAUCAAACUAGAUUGUGCCAACAAGGCAUUGCAUUACUAUCGUCCAUACCUGAUUGAAACUGGCACAAGCCUCGAGUGGAAAAUCUUCCUGAGGCAACUAGACAAUCAAGAGAUCACCAUUUCCUCUGUGUCUGAAUGGAUGUCUUGCACAUGGGACAGACUGGGUCCAGAUGCCAAGUUCAUCCAUGUAUUUCGCACAGGCUUACUCAAUUUGGUGACAGAUGACCAUGACACAAUGGCAGCAUUACAAUUGACGCCAUGCUCAUUUCCCAUCACGUUUUGCUAUGACGAAAAGCGACUAAAGCAUCAAAUGCGACAUGAAUUCCAAAACAUCAUUGUGAUCGGUCUACUCUUGAUGCCCUAUCGUCUGAUGGCAGGUAAAAGGGCAAGGCAGUCUGAUCUGGAUCAUCUCAAAACCACCUACUCCAAGUUGCUCAAGGAUGCCUCCAUCGCCAGCGGCCGAGUCUCUUGCUUCCAUCUUGCGCUCCAUGCAUGCAACAUGGCUAAACAGCUAGAUCCUGCCAACGUCAGCCAAGAUGUGAUUGAACAAGCAAAAUACUGGUCAAAUUGGAUGAAUCAAAACUUGAGAAACACAUCGCCCGUCUAUCAAAUCAUGUAUCACCGCGUGAGAUCGAUUAUUUUAGACGCCAUGGCACAGGGCACAUUUGACAGCAUUGCUGCCACGCAACAUGCCACCAUGGGAUUGGAGCACGAAAUUUCGAAAUUGGGUCAAAAGCUGAUUCUGAUAGCUGAUUACAAUUUGCGUACGUUUGGUGCAUUGUAUACUUAUUUGUUACCGAGCAUUCGCCAUAAAGACAAUAGAAAAAAUAAAUAA